CCCGCGCUACAAAUCAUCAUUUGGGUCCUGCCUGCUCUGCAUUGCGUCUGUCAUCUUCGGCGUGAUAUUGAAGUCUGCUAUUGACGACAUGGUGUCUGAUGGCCAAUGUUCUUUGGGGGGCAAUUUCGUUGCCUUCGACUUCGCUGAAGUGAUGAAAGGGAGCGCCAGUCUCAGACAAGACGAUCCCAAGCUCAUUGAGGUAAUACGAACACAGUACCUGAACCCAGCAUCGACCAAACCAUACAAAAUGAAAAAUAAUAAAGACGACCCCUCCCAGUUCAAUCAGCCAACAGAAAUCCUAAAGCUCCUUGGACCGAUUCGGAAUGGAUUCUUCAUCGAGUGUGGGGCGUAUGACGGCGAAACUUUCUCCAACACGCUCAACUUUGAGAGAACUUUGGGCUGGCGAGGCCUCCUGGUUGAAGGCGACCCAAAUAACUACAAGGCGCUUCUACGAAUGAACAGAAAGGCAUGGACUGUAGGCGCUUGCCUCAGCAUUAAACCAUUUCCUCAUUCCGUGAUGUUUCAGAUGAAGGGAACAGGGGGCCUGAUAAGAAGAGAUAUGGAGGGUAAGGUCUCGCGACCAAAAAAUGUGGUCGAAGUUCAGUGCCUUCCCCUCUUCUCUCUCUUGUUGGCUCUCAACGUAACCACCGUCGACUACUUCAGCUUAGACGUCGAAGGCCUUGAGCUGGAGGUUCUCAAGACCAUUCCCUGGGACAAAGUUCACAUAAAAACACUCUCCGUGGAGCACCAACAUGGCGUUUGGUCCAAAGAUGAUCUUCGGCGCUACAUGGAACAACAAGGUUAUUGGACUUACAACAAUGUAACCAAGUUUAGAGCUGAUUUUCUAGAUUUCAUCUUCGUGAAAAAUACAUUCAAAACACGAAAAGAGUAUCUUUCUAGCCGUCAGUCCAAGCAAUAAUCGGUGCAGAGUGAUGCAAAAACUGAGCUGACGCGCGAAGUUUCAUAAACUUACUUACGCUUUCCGCUUCUAUUUCACUUAUAUCAUGAAGUUCACUUACGCUUUCCGCCUAUUGCUAGGGGCUUCAGUGUUUGCUAAAUGAAGAGCCGUUGGUUGUGUUAGCUUCCUGGGUAAGGCCGCAAUGUUGAUCCUUAUGAGUUUUGUCGUUUCCUGGUAGUGGAUGCAGUAUUGACUAUUUAGGUUUUCUAGUUAAGGCUAGGAUACUACAAUUAAGGAAAAAAAAUUCUAGACUUAAGGCUCAUAAUUUGCCAGCAAGACCGUCAAAAUGCCGUUUUGAUGUGAAUAAAAUUAAUUAUUAGGUUAUAAGCUAUAUAGGUGAAGGUGAGCUCCGACCGUAUGGGAGCAAGAUGGAGCCAGAAUUAACAAGACCGCAUCGAAGACGGAGAUAUAGCUCACAUCCUUCAUCGGAACGAUUUCAUACUAUAGUCGAUUCAUUAAAGACACUUGCAAUUUCACUUAACAUCCUUCAGAUUUGUUUAGAAAAGAUGAAAAAUAAUCUCUGCCACGGUCAAAUGAAGCAGAACCGUUUCGAACACAUAAAUGUUGCACUUAAUUACUUCAGUGCCUCUUCUGAACAUACCAGUUCAAAAGAUAGCCUUUAGUUUUACACACCAAUGCCUCUAUUAAUUCUAUGGGUUAUAUAGGUAGUGCAUACUUCAUCUGAUUCAUGAUGACAUUCCACGCCCAAAAUUCUCAUUCUACACUAGGAAGGUAGAUAUAUUUACAUUGCGAAUGCAUUUCGAUCGUGCUAUUGUAAGAUUUUGUAUUGUUCGGUGUUUCAUUGGAUUUCCCGUUGUGGUGCUACUGUUUUUUUGCAGGUAUAUCCCAUAAAUAUAAUCAGUGUAUUGACGGAGUACUGUCCGUUUAUCUUCACUUCGACGUAAAAACUGCUAAGAGCGAGUAUUGUUAUUUUGAUCUUGAUUAAUUUUGAACACCAAUUUGUUUAUGAGGGGCUUGUGUAAGGCAUUUGAUAUCCCGUCAAUAUGGCAAUAUAUCAAGUUAGUUGCCAGUAGGACCAAUGUUGAAGCGGAUGCAGUAAGACGAGAGCUGACAAGCCUCGUCAGGCCGUGUUUCCUUCGAUUUCUGAUGAGUGAAUCUUUUUAUAAUUACUUACAUUGUGUGGAUAUCUCCAGCAAGACUGUUUUCUUUUAAAUCAAUAUCUCCAAUGAGAAGCACAUAUAUGAAUCGCCUUUCCCUUGAUACUGAGAUUUGGUCAAGACUCGCGCGAAUGCCAAACGGACCUAUACUGUGUAUCCUUUCGAGCACUUACAUUUUGGCACACAAAGAAUCGUGUCAGUAGCUGAAAUGUCAGCGCUCAAUUUUUUGGCCAUCGAAGCACUUUUCAAUCAUUAGUAGUGCGACUGAAAGCGAAUGCGGAUGCAAAGAAAACUUCUUGUAUUACAAGGACCCUGCAUACGUUAUAUAGCAGACUUAUAAAAAAGUGUUUCAUUUUAUUAUGCCCUGUAAUCAUUGCCCCUGAGGUUGAAGAGUUGUUUAAAACAAUAUCAUUUCCAAUGCCAAUCCAUCUUCAAGCACACCAUUAAUGAUUUAAAAACGUCUUCUGCAAAUAGAUGAACGAUAUUGACAUGCCUCUGCGUUUGAGCCCUUGAAUCUUAAGUCUGCUUGAUAUAUGUUGUUGAGAGUUUAAAAGAUAAUAAAGCGCCAAGCAAAUUCACCACAUAACCAUGGUACACUUGUCAAAAACCAGCUCCAUCAGCGGUUUAAAACUUUCAUGAAUGCUGUACAACUAAUAUAGAAAAAACAAAUUCGCGCGAAACAUAAUAAAAUCUGAGUGCCGAAAAAACAUAAUAGGGAACGUAAAAUCUAUCUACUUUACAAUUUCGUAUAGACAAGAACUGUAAGCGCUAUUAAAACGGGGUUUCCGUUCAAGAAUUCCGUUCAGGAAUUCUAAAAUUAUUAAAUCCGAAGUUGAACAGUGCGACGUUACUGUGUCGGAGAGCGAUUUCAUGACCCUAUAAGCUCUACCUCUGCCGCAUCGGAGACAAUAAAUUUA